ACCGCAGCUGUGACCUCUAAAUCUGCAGGAACAAUAAUGCUUUUGGUGCCUUCAACCAUGGAAUAAUAUUUGCUAUUAAUGUGUUACUUUCUGAAGUAUUCUGCUCUCGCCUUGGCCUAUAUCCCAUGUUUGCUUUGAUGUAGCCAGUCGAGAUAUAUGCAGCAAGUCGCUGACUUGCGAACAACAGUGUCAGCAUGCUGUUCCGAUGUGGUCACAUCAUACGAGAUACGGCCACGUACCGAAAUUAAAGCAGCAUUUAAUAAGUCCUGUACUGUCUGUGUUGACCGAUCUUGCGGACGACAAGCGAUUGAUCAGGAAGUACCUACGACAUCGCAUCUUGCCGUUUUUGAGGGACAUCUAUCGCAGGCCCGAAGUCGGUACUAGCUUUCGUAAUAAAGUCGUGCGACUGAUGACAUCGGUUACCGACGUCAGUCAGUUAUUUGUUGUUUAUAAAUCUUGCUGUUUAGUCGAACGAUUCAUUAAGUACACCGGCUUCGGAAACGCCUUCGGCAUGCUUUCGGCGCGCAGCUUUUUAGUACCAAAGAAACAGGACCUUGACGAAGAAUGUUCGCCGGAUGAGGAUUCAGAGACGGAAGAAUACGCGCAGGCGAAGGAGUUCAUAAAUCCUGUGACCGGAUGCUACGAAGAGCCUCAUCCAAAUCCGACCGAUGACAUGUCCGAGGAACAGAAGGAGUAUGAGGCGAUGGAACUCGUGAAGAAUAUCGACAAGCUCAUGAAGUAA